CGGCGCCUCAGUCCGUGGUCCGCGCCGGCACCGCCAGCAUGACCGACGCGCUGCUGCCCGCGGCCCCCCAGCCGCUGGAGAAGGAGGGCGACGGCUACUUUCGCAAGGGAUGCAACCCCCUCGCGCAGACUGGCCGGAGCAAGCUGCAGAAUCAGAGGGCCGCCUUGAACCAGCAGAUCCUGAAGGCCGUGCGGCUGCGCACAGGAGCAGAAAACCUUCUGAAAGUAGCCACGAACCAGAAGGUGAAGGAACAGGUGCGCCUGGAGCUGAGCUUUGUCAACUCAGACCUGCAGAUGCUCAAGGAAGAGCUGGAGGGCCUCAACAUCUCCGUGGGAGUCUACCAGAGCACGGAGGAGGCCUUUACCAUUCCCCUGAUUCCUCUCGGCCUGAAGGAAACCAAAGACGUUGACUUCUCUGUCGUCCUCAAGGAUUUCAUCCUGGAGCACUACAGUGAAGACAGCUAUCUGUAUGAAGAUGAGAUCGCAGACCUUAUGGAUCUGAGACAGGCUUGUCGGACCCCCAGCCGGGAUGAGGCUGGGGUGGAGCUGCUCAUGACCUACUUCAUCCAGCUGGGAUUUGUGGAGAGCCGGUUCUUCCCGCCCACCCGCCAGAUGGGGCUUCUGUUUACCUGGUACGACUCCCUCACCGGGGUUCCGGUCAGCCAGCAGAACUUGCUGUUGGAGAAGGCCAGCAUCCUGUUCAACGUGGGGGCGCUCUACACCCAGAUCGGGACCCGCUGCAAUCGGCAGACGCAGGCCGGGCUGGAGAGCGCCGUGGACGCCUUCCAGAGAGCCGCAGGGGUUUUAAACUACCUGAAAGAGACGUUUACACAUACCCCGAGUUAUGACAUGAGCCCCGCCAUGCUCAGCGUGCUGCUCAAAAUGAUGCUUGCGCAGGCCCAGGAGUGCGUGUUUGAGAAAAUCAGCCUUCCCGGCAUCCGCAAUGAGUUCUUUGCGCUGGUGAAGGUGGCUCAGGAAGCGGCCAAGGUGGGAGAGGUGUACCAGCAGCUGCAUGCGGCCAUGAGCCAGGUGCCCGUGAGAGAGAACAUCCCCUACUCCUGGGCCAGCGUGGCGCGGGUGAAGGCCCACCACUAUGGGGCACUGGCCCACUACUUCACUGCCACCCUGCUCAUCGACCAUCAGUUGAAGCCCGGCGCGGAUGAGGACCACCAGGAGAAGUGCCUGUCCCAGCUCUACCACCACAUGCCAGAGGGGCUCACGCCCUUGGCCACACUGAAAAACGACCAGCAGCGCCGGCAGCUGGGAAAGUCCCACCUGCGCAGAGCCAUCGCCCUCCACGAGGAGUCGGUGCGGGAGGCCAGCCUGUGCAGGAAGCUGCGCAACAUCGAGGUGCUGCAGGAGGUGCUGUCUGCGGCACACCAGCGCUCCCGGCUCAAGUACGCCCAGCACCAAGAGGAAGACGACAUCCUGACCCUGAUUGAUGCUCCCGACAUUCUGUCUAAAACCGAGCAAGAGGUUGAAAUGAUAUUGCCCCAGUUCUCCAAGUUGACAGUAACGGACUUCUUUCAAAAGCUGGGCCCCCUGUCUGUGUUUUCAGCCAACAAGAGGUGGACGCCUCCUCGAACCAUUCGCUUUGCUGCAGAAGAAGGGGACCUGGGAUUCACCUUGAGAGGGAACGCCCCGGUUCAGGUCCACUUCCUGGAUCCCCACUGCUCUGCUGCGCUGGCAGGAGCCAAGGAAGGAGACUAUAUUGUGUCUAUUCAAGUCGUGGAUUGUAAGUGGCUGACGGUGAGCGAGGUUAUGAAACUGCUGAAGAGCUUUGCUGAGGAAGAGAUUGAGAUGAAGGUCGUGAGCCUCCUGGACUCCACAUCGUCCAUGCAUAGUAAAUGUGCCACAUACUCCGUGGGAAUGCAGAAGACUUACUCCAUGAUCUGCUUAGCCAUAGAGGAUGACGAUAAAACUGACAAAACCAAGAAAAUCUCAAAGAAGCUUUCCUUUUUGAGUUGGGGCACCAACAAGAACAGACAGAAGUCAGCCAGCACCCUGUGCCUCCCGUCCGUUGGGGUCGCCAGGCCUCAAAGCAAGAAGAAGCUCCCCGCUCCCUUCAGCCUCCUCAACUCCGACAGCUUUCUCUACUAACGCAGGGAAGUCAGGCGGCAGACCCGAAGCGUCUCCAGCGCCGACGCGGCCUUCAAAUCAGUGCCAUGACGGAAAAUGUCAGAAUGUUCUUGAAUCUCAUUUUUCUGUGUAAACUUGCAUUGGACGUGUUUUUAUGAAGGAAGGUAACAAGAAACCUCUAGAAAUUCGUGGAAAACAAACUUAUUUGAUGAACAUUAUUAUAUUGCUGCAAGUUAUUUAUUAUGUCUUGUACAUAGGCUAGUGUUGAGAUUAUGGCUGUUUUUAUGGUUACAGUUAAGACUCGUGGUCCCUGUCAGUUGGGUUGGGGUUACCUGUGUUAGCACUGUUUGCCACGCUUUCCACGUUUGGGUAAUAAUCAUUCCUCAACCUAGAACUCAGAUGAUCCCUGACUGAAAGUAGGUCAAAGGACUCUAGCGAUAGACUAAAUGAGUGGUUACUAAAAGCUGUUCCAAUGAGCUGCUUAAUUGGUCAUCAUUAACCUAAAAUGACAGAUGUUACUGUAAUUUUACAUUAUAUGAAUGCUAUUUCCAGAUAGUCUAGUGCCAAAUUUGUAUAGUUAAAUAUAAAAUUUAGGAACGGCUUUUCUUCUAAAGUUCGGUGUCAUUCAAGAGUUGCUAACACAGUGGCAGUGUUAGGUGAAGAUGCUGUCUACAAGGUAGAUAAUAUACUGUUUGAUACUCAAAACAUUCUUCAUUUUGUUUAAAGUAGAAAGUACAUAAUUGUAUAUUUUAAGUGUUGGGUAAAAAAGUAGUUUUGCAUUUUAUAAGGUAAAGAUGUAAAUGAUUCAAGUGUAAAGCUCUAUUUGGCUUUUAAACAUGACAUUCUUACCCACUGAUUUCUCUUGCUAUACGUUGGAUGAUACUGUGACUCUAGUAAGAUUCACUGUUGACAUAGUACAACUUACCUAGGUAAAAAAUAUAGCAUUGAAAUCUAACUUUAAGAAUGAGGAUUUAAAUAUUUUCUGUUGUGCAAUAUCUUAAGGGAAGUAGCUGCCUUUGGGCAAGGGCAGCCAUGGCUCCUGGGUCGUGUUUGUGUAAGUAUUUAAAUAAACACAUUCAUUUACCUAAGUGAA